CGUGCGCGUGCGCGCGGCCACCCCUCUCCCCCCUCCAAGAUGGCGGCGCCCAGCGCGGAGGAGGCGGGUGGUUUCGCGGCCUGGCUGGCGGGGCGGCUGGAGGCGCUGGGGCUGGACCGCGCCGUGUACAGCGCCUACAUCCAGGGGCUGCUCCGCGAGGAGGAGAGCGACGAGGAGAGGCUGGAGGCGCUGCGCGGCGUGCUGGCCGCCUGCCUGGAAGAAGAUCUCUUAAACGAUGUUUGCAGGGAAGUAGUCGAGAAGUGGUCUGAAUCUCAGAUUGUUGACGCCAAAGAGAAAAAAGAAGAUGAGAUCCAAGCGAUUGCCAGCAUGAUGGAGAAGCAGGCCAAGAUUGUAGUGAAACCAAAGGAGGUGUCUCAGGAAGAGAAGCAAAGGAAAGCUGCCCUCCUGGCCCAGUAUGCUAACGUGACAGAUGAGGAGGACGGAGAGGAUGAACAGGAUGGAUCCACUGCAACAGCAAUAAAUAUUGGAUCAGAAAAAUCUUUGUUCCGAAACACUAAUGUGGAGGAUGUCUUGAAUGCCAGGAAACUGGAGCGGGAGCUGCUGCGAGAUGAGUUCCAGAAGAAAAAAGAGCAAGACAAACUCCAGCGAGAGAAAGAUAAGCUUGCCAAGCAAGAGCGGAAGGAAAAGGAGAAGAAAAGGACACAAAAAGGAGAACGGAAGCGAUAGCUGUGGUUCCUCAGCUGGACUCUGAAAGGAUAAUAUUAAUUAUGAAUAUGGUGUGUGUUUAAAAAGCAACAGAAAUUCUGGGCACCUGGCUGGUGAGUGGUUCUUUGGAAGUGUUUCCUCUUACAUUUACAUAGCAAAAAAGAAAUUUCCAACACCUCUUAAACUCCAGAUGUGCCAUGUGCUUGUGGUGUCAAAUGUCCCAGUCAGUUAUUGUGGCCAAUGUGACCAAAGAAUGGUGAAGUGAAUAUGUCUGUGUUCAAAGUGAUCAAUCUUACUUCUAACCACUUCAAGCAAAGCAAAAUAAGAGGUAGGAAAGGGCUUCCAAAGUGGCUGCGUCCUCACGCUGGCCUAGGAUUUGCAGCAAUGGCAUGUUACAAUUUGAGAAUAGAGCAAAGCCCUUUUCUGACAUGUAAUUAAGGACGUGCUGCUACAGGGUGGAUGUGAAUUUACACUAGCCUUGGAAAAUGUAUUUGCAAAUAUGUUUAUAUACGCUGCCAAGAACAAUGCUGUGUUUUUCUUCUGACUGAUUUGAAAGAGUAGGGUUUGGCUCUGACGUUGGCAACGGUAAAUGCUGUUUACAGCGAUGGAAAGGAAAUCUUAUGAAAUAUAUAUGAGUUCUAGCUAUGAGACUGCUUCACCCACAGGCCCUUGGUUAGGGAAAUGCCACAGUAAUUUGAAUAUCAGAUAGAGCAGUAGCAAAUUGGUCAAGUCCUAACGCUGUCUUACGGCUUGAUUCUGGUAAUGGUGCUCCCCGAUGUGGAAGAACAUCGGCUGUUAUUCCUACAGUAGUUGCCAGGGCAAAUGCUUUAACGCCGGCUCGGUGCUGAACAGCUGGGGCUGUAACUGAUUUGGAUGCAUUGGGUUUACAAGCAGCUCCACCUCUCACCUGGCACAGCUGCUUGUAGGAGCUGUCCUAGCAGGGCGAAAGCAACAGGGUUGUCUUCUUCUUGCCCGUGGAAGGGCUCGUUCCUUGUGAUUUUCAGCCUCCUUCCUGAAAGUCUCACCUGCUUCUGGAAAGGAGAACACUUAACUUCUGCGAACUGCACUUAAAGGAAGACGUGCAAGCGCUUCAGGGAGCGCAGGAGGAACCGGUGUGCCCCAUCCACCUGCUGCCUUGUGCUCUGGCCACUGUAUCAGUCUUGGAAGACUCAUCUUUGAUGACGGGCAGCUCCUGACCAGCUGCUGAUGGUAACUGUCCUUAUCACCUGCUUUCAGCACGAGUCUGAUUAAGGGUUAAUGCAUCCUGUUUAAUUGCUGCAAGUGUGAAUAACUGCUUUAUCUUUGGACUUGAAUAAUAAACCUGGUUGGCCAAGAA